AGAAUUCGACCGCGUCAAGUAUUUUGGUAAGGAUCAUAAUCGUUAGACGAAACACAUAUACAGGCUGAAAAAAAUCGGCAUGUAUGUGUUGUAAAUACUAUAUCGCGAUGAGGGACGUGUGUUUAGUCAUUUUCUCUUCGAUCCGUGUAACAGCUUCGAGAUUAGCGAGUCAAAGAGAGAGCAGGGUCAUCGUGACGAUACGCGUUAUCAAGCUACUGCAAAUAGAAGAAACCGGCGAUCCGUAAAUAACACUGGGACAGUCAACUUCGAAUGGACUCGGAGGAGCAGUGGAGUUUUGAGAUGUUACUCUCGAGUGCUUGGUUCGAAGUAAUCGCUGCAGUUCUUUUGACGAUAUUGAUCUUCGUUACUAGCCAUCGGCCAGCAUGGUGGUUUUGGACAGCUACAUCUCACGAAGCUACCGCACCAGCCGAGGGCAAGUUCAGAACGGUAUCCAACAUUCCAGGGCCGUUUUCUUUACCGAUUUUUGGAACCAGAUGGAUAUUCUCUUGCAUCGGUUACUAUAAAUUGAACAAGAUUCACGAUGCUUACAAAGAUUUGAACCAACGAUAUGGCGCGUUGUGUAAAGAAGAAGCAUUAUGGAAUUUUCCAAUGAUCUCUGUCUUCUCCCGUCAGGAUAUCGAGACAAUCAUCCGCCGUAACUCCAGGUAUCCGCUUCGCCCCCCGCAAGAGGUGAUAUCUCAUUAUCGGCGGACACGCCGGGAUCGUUACACGAAUCUCGGUUUAGUCAACGAACAAGGACAAACGUGGCACGAUCUUCGGGUAGCUCUUACGUCGGAAUUGACGGCUGCCAGUACCGUACUUGGCUUUUUCCCGGCCCUGAAUAUCGUCGCGGAUUCGUUCAUCGAGUUGAUCCGGCGUCAAAGGGUCGGAUACAAAGUGACAGGUUUCGAAGAGCUUGCCUAUAAAAUGGGAUUGGAAAGUACAUGCACUUUGAUCCUGGGUCGACAUCUCGGUUUCUUGAAGCCAGACUCGAGUAGCGAGCUUGCGACGAGAUUGGCGGAAGCUGUCAGGAUACAUUUCACCGCCUCGCGGGAUGCCUUUUACGGAUUGCCGCUUUGGAAAUUGUUACCAACCUGUGCGUACAAACAGCUGAUAGAGAGCGAGGACGCUAUAUACAAUAUAAUUUCGGAGAUCAUCGAAACCACUAUACUGGAGAAACAAGACGAUGCCAAAGACGAGUCGGUCGAGGCCAUUUUUCAAUCCAUUCUCAGACAAAAGAAUCUCGAUAUACGCGACAAGAAAGCAGCCAUUGUCGAUUUCAUAGCGGCUGGCAUACACACGCUUGGAAACACUUUGGUAUUCCUGUUCCAUUUGAUCGGUCGUAAUCCGGCCGUCCAAGUCAAACUAUACGAAGAGACGCACGAGCUGGCACCGGCUGGUUGCGAUUUGACCAUCGACAAUUUACGGAGGGCCAAGUAUUUGCGCGCGUGCAUCACCGAAUCUCUACGAUUGAUCCCAACGACAACCUGCAUCGCACGCAUCUUGGACGAAUCCAUCGAACUUAGCGGUUAUCGUUUGACGGCGGGAACCGUAGUCCUUUUACACACUUGGAUAGCAGGUUUGAACGAGGAGAAUUUCAAAGACGCGAAGAAAUAUUUGCCCGAGAGGUGGACGACACCUAGCGGCCCCCAUUCGCCGUUAUUAGUCGCACCUUUCGGCGCUGGAAGGAGAAUAUGUCCGGGCAAGCGAUUCGUCGAUCUCGCGUUGCAGCUUAUCUUGGCAAAGAUUAUACGGGAAUUCGAGAUCAUCGUGGAGGAAGAGCUCGAUUUGCAAUUUGAAUUUAUUCUCGCGCCAAAAGGCCCGGUCUCCCUUGGUUUCCGUGAUCGUUCUUGAAAUUAUUCGAAAUCUAUCGAAAUCCUGGAAGUUUUAGCUUUAUCUCGUUACCUAAUUAUUAUUUUAUGUUAUUCGUAAAUAAUAAUAAUAAUUCACUCGUUGUAAGUAAAUUUUUUUCAAGACGAAUUAUUUAUCGUAUUGGAUAUGCUUAUUUUAUGCAUUGUACAGAAUUUACGAGGAUAGAAUAAUCUAAUUAAUAU